UUUGAUGCUUACGAAGCAGCUUAAAAAGGACUUCUACGCGAAGCUGCAGAAUAAACGAGUGGUGUUACUCUCGAGCUUCGAAGUAGACAGCGUGGCUGCUUGUCGUAUUCUAAUCACCCUGUUCAAAACAGACAGCAUUCAAUACACAUUAGUACCAGUAUUCUCAGAGGACAAUAUCGAGAAAGCGUAUUUAGACCACAGAGAACAUUGCAAUGAUUAUUUGCUCAUCAAUUGUGGAGCAACAAUAGACCUCUUAGAGCUGUUGAGGCCUCCGGGGAUGAUUAAUUUCUACGUCAUAGAUGCUCAUAGGCCAAUUUGCGUGACGAAUGUGUUCUCAGAGCAGGUCCACGUUUUGAUCCGAGACACAGAAGCGAUCGAAGAAAUUCCGAAGUUUGAGGAUGUUUUCCGAGACGAGGAAGACGAGAGUGACGUUGAUGAAGGUCUAGAAGACACGGCAGGAUCCUCGGACGACGAAACCGAAACGGUCAAUGAUGAGAACCAAGAUCCAGAUAAUCCAGAAAACUCAGAACGCUCCUCGAGACGUAAGAAAAAGAAAGGCUUCGACGAUGAGAAGUAUUUGAAACUGGCGAAAAAGCAGCGAGAAAGACGCCAAUGGGAAGACAAACGGACGCAGGUUCUUAGAGCGUAUGAAGAGGCGACCUUCUUUAGUUGUAGUUCGGCAGAGAUAGCGUACGAGUUGUCAUGGCUGCUUUCAAAAGAUACGAAUGAUUUGCUGUGGUUGGGAAUCAUAGGUCUUACUGACCAGUACUUCUUGAAUCGAGUCAGUAAAAGUGGAACCAACUACCUCAACGAAAGAGAUUUUUUGGGAUCCCAUGUCAGGCGUUUGAACAAUUGGAUGGAAAAUGAUCCUAGUUCUAUAGUAUCUGUAGAUUGUAUGAAGAUCAGCUCAGAGCGAGAGCUAAGAUUGUAUUUGUACAGGCAUUGGAGUAUAUGGAAUAGUUUUUAUUCAUCACUGUUUACGAUGUCGCAAUUUAAAUUAUGGAGCCUAAAAGGUCAGCGUAAACAUCUCGAUUUCCUCUCGUCUAUUGGACUGUCUUUACAAAACUGCAAGCGCAAAUUCAAAUCGAUCGAUACUAAGGUUCGCCAAGAGUGCAGCUCUAAAAUCAUAGCAACGUAUGAACGGUUGUAUAGACAGGGAAUCAAGUCGAACAUUUGGUUCAGUUCGUUCACGGCACAAUACGGAGUGAUGAACAAAUUCAGUGCCCUGGAUGUGACGAUUGCGAUGAAUGCUCUUUUGGAGGACCCUUCGGGCGCAAACACGAGUCCAACUGAGAGGUUCAUGAAUGCCCUCGACGCCAUGUCUUACACAAACUGCAAUAUGGUAGCGGAUUCGAUUGAAAAGGCGAAGAUUCUCCUUCAAGCCGUUUGUGAACAGACGAAAAACGUCCUGUCUACAAAUCGUGCUGUAAACACAGGUCAAUUCGUGCUAGUCUCAAUGAGUGCCAGUAUCAAAGACGCCAAAUUUUUUGCAAAUUUCAACUCUUUCAAACUACUGGGCUUGUACGUUGUCAACUGCAUAGUAUCUAGCAACACGCGACUGGGGAACAAAAGUUUCGUCAUCACAGCUCCUUCCUCGACGGAUGCUGAGAACACAGUUGUCCUGGGCCUCCCUCCUCUGCUUUUGAUGGAGGAAAAAUACUCGAAUAUUUUCGGAAAGGCGUUCGAAACAGCAGCUGACAUGACAAAAGCGAGGUUUUACAACGGAUACUUUGAAAACAACUUUAUCGAUAUCAGAACUGAAGACUUAGUCAAGUUUUUAGACGCGUUGACUACAAUUAUGUCAGCUUAAGUUGUUUUCGAUUGAAAUUAAGAGGUAUUUCUUUUUCUCUGGGAAUUAACUUCAUUGAGUGCAAUGAUUGUGUAUUUUGCGUUUAUUUUGAUUGCUUUAAUGAGUGCAAGGUUUUCUUUUGAUGAGAUUUGCCUGUAAAAGGUUGGUGCUAAUUUUAAAACUGUCUCUCCGUUUUUGCUACGCAGAGGAAUUGUGAGCAUUGUUUUUCUUUUUCCGCCGUAAGUUCUAUUCAUCUUUGAUGGCUCUAUUGGGUUUUGAGUAUUAAUAAAAACCGAAUAGGCAACUUCUGGUGCUUUUCAGAUGUGAAGUUUUGCGAGGCUUUUUGUUUUUCACCUUGGCUAUAAAUGUAUUUAAUUGUGAAAUGAUUCUAAACACAUUAGAUGUACAUAUAGUGAGUCCUCUGUCUCCGAUUUUGUUUGUUUGUUGUAAAUUUAAUUGUUUUUAUCUUC